AUUGCAUGCUCAGCCGCAACAAUGGCAAGACCCAAGACGCGCGCUCAGAAACUCCAGGAGCUAAGCGAUGUCAGGGCGAAAGAUUUUGACCCCGAGGACGUCGGCGAAUACAAUAGCGACAGCGAAACUAACGAGUUUGAGAGCGAUAACGACGCGCCAAUUCAUGCAAGGGAACACUACGAGGAAGUAGGGAAGAGCAAGCUGCGAAAACCUCAACCUAUCAACCUUGGACCUCAGUAUGCGGGUUUGAAGGUGCGACGAGAUGCAUUGAACGUCGACGACGAUGAGGACGACCCAUUCUCUCGCGACUACGGUGAUAGCGACAGUGCCAAUGAAAUUUCCGCUAGUGAUCAAGAUGGCGAAGAAGAAAGUCUGUCUGAGGGCUUGAAUGGGAGCUCCGAUGAAGACCGUUCGGACAAUGAAGCUGGCACGGAUCUUACACAUGAAGAAGAUGACGAGAGCGAUGACGAAGGUUCGGUCGGAAGAAAUGAAGGUUUGGGAACAGCUCGAAACGCAGAUGGGAUAGACAGAGAGGAGCUGCGAAAGCUCAUGAUUGAUGAUCAGAAGCACGUAGCGGCGACAUUGUCGCAAAGUGCGAAGGCAGACGCAGAGAAAGGUAAAGCCGUCAAGGCACAACGAUCCACUUUCGAUACGCUCUUGAACGCAAGAAUAAAACUUCAGAAAGCUCUAAUUGCUACGAACUCUCUGCUAGCUUCUCAUCCAUCUAAGGACAUUACAGAGUCCGAGCAAGAUGUUAUUCAUGCUGCAGAAGUCGCAGCAUUGAAACUCUGGAACAACCUGAACGAUCUUCGCACCUCGUUGCAGUCCAUUAAAACCGGGCAAAAGCGCUCCCACAGACAAUUUACCACGCAGGACUCGAUAGAUGAGCUAUGGGAGGAGAUGAAGACAUACGAAACGGCUCAGAAGAAACCAAGAAUUACAGGACUGGAUUUUUGGGCAUCAAAAACCCGAGCAAUGACAUCUCUUCCUCAAUCUCGAGGCCGACUGCAGCAGUCUAUUAAGGAGAAUCAAUUAAGCGAUGUGCUUGCUGCGCAACUAGCAGAUAUAGCGCGAUUAGUGUCUAAGACACAAGUUGCUCGAUCAUGUGCGCCCAUUCAAGCUGCAUCCGUCAAGAAACCGCAGGCGAGCACAGGCGACGCACGUGAUGACGAUGCCAGUGAAAAAGAGCCCGAGAAGCUCCCAAUAUACGACGAUGCGGAUUUCUACACAAUCUUAUUAGCAAAUCUAAUCUCUCAGCGCAGUUCAGACGCCACCAUCAACCUCUCCAACUUGAGUAUUCAGCCAUGGCAGGCAGCACGCGAAGCUAAAACAAAGAAGGUGGUCGACACGAAAGCAAGUAAAGGCCGAAAAUUACGUUAUACUGUUCAUGAGAAGUUGGUCAGUUUCAUGGCUCCCGAGGAUCGAGGCUCGUGGGGCGAGAGGCAAGCUGAGGAGUUAUUCAGUAGUCUGUUUGGUAGGAGAAUUGCACUCGAAGAGGACCAUGAAAACUUCAAUGAAGACGCUGAGGAGGAUAAAGAGAUAGAAGGGCUGAAGCUCUUCGGUGGACAGGAGUAGGUUUUUGACUUUGGCAAGACCCCCAACCAUUGAGCGUUUGUUGUGACUGCACCAGGAAUACAAGUAGUGAUCAAAACUUCUGAAUAUUUUCC